UCUAUGUCACGCGCUCGUCUUAGGGAACUCAUAAGGCUCUAUCGAACCCAAAAUGUCCGAAACAACAACCGCGUUGCCAGCCACCUUGUUGGCAGGCGCCGCCCUCCCGGCCGCUAUGGCCCUUACUACCGCUGGAGAUAGUGUGCAUGAUCUUCUUCCACCUUGAUAUGAUUACCCUAGGUAACCUACGGCCAGUCAACACCCCGAUGCACCGGCAGGUCGACUCUCUCUACGAAUACCGCAUGCUCCGAACCCAUGCAGCGGAGACCCUCAUGAACCUUGAUAUUGCCCGAUGCACCCAUAAUUUCCCUCUCCACCAACUGUAUCGCGCAUUCUGCCACCCGCGGUGCCAAACCUGCCCUGACUUUGGCCCCUUUCUAUAUAUCCCCACUCUCUCGCGGGUGUGUCUGCAGUGCGUUCUGAGACAUAGUCGAUACCGCGUCGCCACCCUCCAUGAUGUGUCUGUCUGUUACGGUUUGCCGGAAGACCGGUGGGAUCUCCCGGUCGUCUCUUGUGUUGAUCUUCUCGAAGGGCAAUACAGUUCCGACCGGCUGAUUGACGUGACGCAAGCUGGACUCCUGUUUCGACAGCACUGGCGGCGCCGGUUCGGCAGUAGUAGUCGCGAGAUCGGAUCCGCACUCCAGGAAUGGACAUAUUGGCUGCGGCUCGACACGUGCCAUGCGCGGCUGCGGUCGACCGUGGCGUUUCCGUGCUGGGACCCGCACGCCCGCAUCGCCGAGCCGGGGGUGUGCCUGGAACGCGGCGUCCCCGGGGAGCAAGGGGGUGGAUCGCGCGUUCCGGGUCCCGGAUCUUCCACGGCACUUUUCGACGUGUCCGCACGUGGUGCGGAGGCUUAGGAGGGGGGAGGAUCACACCGCGUUGAGGUUUGGUGAAUCGGUUGGGGGGAUCUUUCGGGUGGACGCUGCUGGGGAGAGGGGUGCUGAACGGGCUGCGCAGGUGGGGAAGAAGU